AUGUCCAUUCCUGACGGUGAUUGGCGAACCGGACGGCGGAAAGCCUUUGUCUACCGCGCGCAACGACGACGAGUACUUUCCUCCUGCCAGGCCUACGCUGGCCCACCGUCGCCCACCGUCCUCCGGGAGGGCUCUGGGCAUGGACAGCAGCCAUCACCCAUCCACGCGCACGACGAACGCCAAGACUUGCGCGUCCCGCCCCGUCUUCUGCAAAACCCUCAUCCAGAUCCUCUCGGCCUGCAUUUCCGCCGCUGCGCUGUCUCAACUCUAACACUCAUCUACGGAACGGUCCUCCAAAUCCCGGGCGGGACAUCGUCGUCUGCAGACAGAGAGUCGGCCAGAGCACGCCAGAAACCGGAGGUCAAGCCCGCUGUUGCGCUUCGUUUAUUGCCCACGGGUAAACAAGCCCGCUCACUGAGACCGGCCGCAGUCCUGGCCAAGUCUGUCAAGCCCCAGUCUCGAAUCCAUCGCCGCGUCUCCCGACGAACUGUCCGGCGUGCUACGGCCUCGAAGCGCCGCGAUUGGUCAUCCGUGUCAACGGCGACCGUGACGAUCCCUCGUCCCGCUCACUGGCAUCGCCGGACCUAUAAGAGCCGGGGUAGUGGAGACGAAACGGGUGGUCUCACCAUGAUCGCCCUCAACGUGCUCGUCCUCGCACUCAGCGCCGUCUCCGCGCUCGGCAGCCAGAUGGCGCCUCGCGGGCCCGGCCGUGUUUGCGGCACCGAAAUCUCCGCCGCGCAAAAGGACGCCGUCGAGGCCGACUUUGCCGCCCGGCGGACGGGGCUGGCUGCGACUGCGAAGAAGCCCAAGUCCGUGACGAUCCCGACCUAUUUCCAUGUUAUCCGCGGCGCGUUGGAUGACGGGAACGUCCCUGAUUCCCAGAUUGCUGAGCAAAUGCGCGUCCUCAACGCCGCCUUCGCCAACACAUCCUAUUCAUUCGAGCUCGUCGAGACGACCCGCACGGUCAACAUAAACUGGUUCGAAUUCGCGUCGAACUACGAGGACGGCAUCUACGACCAGACCGAGAUGAAGACCGCGCUGCGCCGCGGCGACGCCAGAACGCUCAACCUGUACUCGGUCGGGUUCCGCGAGGGGACAGCGAAUAUGUUUGGCCUGCUCGGCUACGGCACCUUCCCCUUCAGCUACGAGGAGGCGCCCAAGGACGACGGUGUCGUGGUCCUGUACAGCACUCUCCCCGGCGGCACCACGGAGCCCUACAACCUGGGUGCGAAUUUGGUUCACGAGGUCGGCCACUGGACGGGCCUCUACCACGUCUUCAACGAGGGAGACCUUUCGGGCACAUGCGACGGCUCGACGGACCUGGUCGAGGACACCCCGGCGCAGCGCUCCCCAACCAACGGCUGCCCCGAGGGCAAGGACACCUGCCCCGACCUCCCCGGCCUCGACGCCAUCCACAACUUCAUGGACUACAGUACCGACGACUGCCUCAACGACUUCACGCCGGGCCAGAUCGAGCGCAUGCACGCGCAGAUGGGGGUCUACCGUGGGAUCUGA